UCUCUCUCCAGUACAGCAGGAGGCGCUGCAGCUCUUUAGUCCGCCGAUAAACCCACUAAAGAAAGAAAGAAAGAGCUCACGUGUGAUGUGUUUGUGUAUCAUCAGUGUUUUUCUCUCUUGAGUGUUUAAACAGAGUCUUGUCUCUGUGUAUUUUAGUGUUGAUGAUGGAUGAGAUGUGCUGUAAAUCAGUAGGAACUGAUCUGUCCAUGCUGGAUAUUGAUGAUUUCAUCACAGAAAUCUCUCAGCUGAAGAAAGAGGUGGCGUUACUGGAGACAAAGCUGAGGUUAAGAGGAGAUGAAGGACGGAAGAGAGAGGAUCUCAGUCUGUCUUUACUCUGUUAUACUGAGUCAAAGUCCACAGACGCUCAGGACACAACAGUGUGUGACAGUAAUGACGGCUUACAGGAGGAUCAAACCUCCACAGAGUCUCUGGAUUCUGUCUGUAACGCUGGAGAACAGCAGCAGAUCCUGCAGACCAAACUCAAGAUGUGUUCAGUCAAACUCAUUGACUUCAGGAACCUCAUGAUGAAGAUCAAAACUGAACCCAAAGAAAUAAAAAAUGAACCCACAGAAGAGGAAGAUCAUGAUGAUGAAAAUGAGGGUUGUGGUGAUGAUUUUAUUACUUCAGUGUUGAUGAUGAGAGAUGAGAUGUGCUGUAAAUCAGUAGGAACUGAUCUGUCCAUGCUGGAUAUUGAUGAUUUCAUCACAGAAAUCUCUCAGCUGAAGAAAGAGGUGGCGUUACUGGAGACAAAGCUGAGGUUAAGAGGAGAUGAAGGACUGAAGAGAGAGGAUCUCAGUCUGUCUUUACUCUGUUAUACUGAGUCAAAGCCCACAGACGCUCAGGACACUACAGUGUGUGACAGUAAUGAGGGCUUACAGGAGGAUCAAACCUCCACAGAGUCUCUGGAUUCUGUCUGUAACGCUGGAGAACAGCAGCAGAUCCUGCAGACCAAACUCAAGAUGUGUUCAGUCAAACUCAUUGACUUCAGGAACCUCAUGACGAAGAUCAAAACUGAACCCGCAGAAAUAAAAACUGAACCCACAGAAGAGGAAGAUCAUGAUGAUGAAAAUGAGGGUUGUGGUGAUGAUUUUAUUACUUCAGAUAAGAAGAGUUAUUCAUGUUCUGAAGGAGAAAUAACGUCCUCAACAUCAAAAGAAAGACAUUUAGAGAGAAAACACACAGAACAGAAACUCUUCACCUGCAGGACAUCUGAGAUCAACUUUACUACCUUACAAGAGGAGAAACUUCAUUCAGAAGAUCACAGAGAGAAGAAGAAGAAAGAGUUUCACUGUCAGCAGUGUGAGAAGAAAUUUGACUUCUUAUCUCAGCUACAAGUUCACAUGAGGACACACAGUGGUGAAAAGUCUUUCCACUGCAGUGAAUGUGGCAAAUAUUUAAGCAGCAAACAAAAUCUUGAUACUCAUCAGAGAAUUCACACCGGAGAGAAACCUUAUCACUGUAGUGUUUGUGGGAUGAGUUUCAUUCGACAUGAUGGUUUAGUGUUACACCAGAGAACUCAUACAGGUGAAAAACCUUACAAAUGCUCUCGGUGUGAGAGGACGUUUACUAAGUCAGGCAACUUAAAUGCCCAUGAGAGACUUCAUAAUGGAGAGAAACCUCAUCUCUGUAGUGUUUGUGGGAAGAGUUUCAGUCGACAUUACAGUUUAGUGUCACACCAGAGAAUUCAUACAGGGGAAAAACCUUACAAAUGUUUUCAGUGUGAGAAGACGUUUACUCGUUUAGGUUCCUUAAAAGCCCAUGAGCGAGUUCAUACUGGAGAGAAACCUUACAAAUGCUCUCAGUGUGAGAAGAGGUUUCCUAAGUCAGGUCACUUAAAAAUCCAUCAAAGAAUUCACACCGGAGAGAAACCUUAUCACUGUUGUGUUUGUGGCAAGAGUUUCAGUCGACAUGAUGGUUUAAUAACACACCAGAGAACUCAUACAGGUGAAAAACCUUACAAAUGCUCUCAGUGUGAGAAGACGUUUACUCGUUUACGUUCCUUAAAAGCCCAUGAGGGUGGUAAGAGCUUCUGUGAUCCAUUUCAUGUCAGAGUUCAUACUGGAGAGAAAUCUCAUCACUCUAGUGUUUGUGAGAAGAGUUUAAAAGGCAGGGUGAACGAUCUCUACAAACCCCCGCCUUCACACACUUUGUCGAGGGAGGACGAAGAGGCUGUCGGUUCUAGUGAAACCAGUCCAAUAUAUGUUGUGAACACGCUUCAGGCCUAUAGUAACGCCGCCGCCUGUGGAGAAAGAGAGAGAGAGAGAGUGAGCGACACGAGAAGAAACUGUGUGAAUCCCGUACUUACUGUACGUUGUGUCCAGCAGAGAGGUGAGAGUGAACCAAGUCCAAAUAACUGUGUCUCUGUGUCCCAGCCGCCGCCUGUGGAGAAAGAGAGACAGAGAAAGCAAAUGAAACGAGAAGAAUCCGGUCUGUACCGUACUCAUUGUACGUUGUCCCAAGUGGAGAGCCCACAGCCUGUUUGUGUAUCCUCGGUGUUUUUCUCUCUUGAGUGUUUAAACAGAGUCUUGUCUCUGUGUAUUUUAGUGUUGAUGAUGGAUGUGAUGUGCUGUAAAUCAGUAGGAACUGAUCUGUCCAUGCUGGAUAUUGAUGAUUUCAUCACAGAAAUCUCUCAGCUGAAGAAAGAGGUGGCGUUACUGGAGACAAAGCUGAGGUUAAGAGGAGAUGAAGGACUGAAGAGAGAGGAUCUCAGUCUGUCUUUACUCUGUUAUACUGAGUCAAAGUCCACAGACGCUCAGGACACAACAGUGUGUGACAGUAAUGAGGGCUUACAGGAGGAUCAAACCUCCACAGAGUCUCUGGAUUCUGUCUGUAACGCUGAAGAACAGCAGCAGAUCCUGCAGACCAAACUCAAGAUGUGUUCAAUCAAACUCAUUGACUUCAGGAACCUCAUGACGAAGAUCAAAACUGAACCCGCAGAAAUAAAAACUGAACCCACAGAAAUAAAAACUGAACCCACAGAAAUAAAAACUGAACUUACAGAAAUAAUAACCGAAGCCACAAAAGCGGAAGAUCAUGAUGAUGAAAAUGAGGAUUGUGGUGGUGAUGAUUUUAUUCCUUCAGAUGAGAGGAAUGAUUCAUGUUCUGGAGGAGAAAUAACGUCUUCAACAUCAAAAGAAAGACAUUUAGAGAGCAAACACACAGAACAGAAACUCUUCACCUGCAGGACAUCUGAGAUCAACUUUACUACCUUACAAGAGGAGAAACUUCAUUCAGAAGAUCACAGAGAGACGAAGAAGAAAGAGUUUGACUGUCAGCAGUGUGAGAAGAAAUUUGACUUCUUAUCUCAGCUACAAGUUCACAUGAGGACACACAGUGGUGAAAAGUCUUUCCACUGCAGUGAAUGUGGCAAAUAUUUCAGCAGCAAACAAAAUCUUGAUGCUCAUCAAAGAAAAGUUUUUCUUCACACUGGAGAGAAACCUUAUCACUGUAAUGUUUGUGGGAUGAGUUUCAGUCGACAUGAUAGUUUAGUGUCACACCAGAAAACUCAUACAGGUGAGAAACCCUACAAAUGCUCUUGGUGUGAGAGGACGUUUACUAAGUCAGGCAACUUAAAAGCCCAUGAGAGAAUUCAUACAGGUGAAAAACCUUACAAAUGCUCUCGGUGUGAGAGGACGUUUACUAAGUCAGGCAACUUAAAUGCCCAUGAGAGACUUCAUACUGGAGAGAAACCUCAUCACUGUAGUGUUUGUGGAAAGAGUUUCAGUCGACAUUACUGUUUAGUGUUACACCAGAGAACUCAUACAGGUGAAAAACCUUACAAAUGCUCUCAGUGUGAGAAGACGUUUACUAAGUCAAACACCUUAAAAGCCCACGAGAGAGUUCAUACUGGAGAGAAACCUUACAAAUGCUCUCAGUGUGAGAAGACAUUUCCUAGGUCAAGUCACUUAAAAAUCCAUCAAAGAAUUCACACCGGAGAGAAACCUUAUCACUGUAGUGUUUGCGGGAAGAGUUUCAGUCGACAUGAUGGUUUAAUAACACACCAGAGAACUCAUACAGGUGAAAGACCUUACAAAUGCUCUGGGUGUGAGAAGACUUUUACUCGUUUACGUUCCUUAAAAGCCCAUGAGUGUGGAAAGAGCUUCUCUGAUCCAUUUCAUGUCAGAGUUCAUACUGGAGAGAAAUCUCAUCACUCUAGUGUUUGAGAGAAGAGUUUAAAAGGCCGGGUGCACGAUUUCUGAAAGUCAAUGUUGACAUUUGAAAUCACCUAAACAAAUACCCCAAUAGAUCUGGACCUUUUUUUGAUAGACCCGCCCCACACAUAUGCAACCCAGGCAACGAUAUUGGUUAGUAGACACGCUAAAGCAGCUUGGCUACAAGUGUGUUUUGGUACUCUGAACACUGUUUGACCCCCUUUUGCCUUCAGAACUGCCUUAAUUCUACUUGGCACUGAUUCAACAAGGUGCUGAAAGCGUUCUUUAGAAAUGUUGGCCCAUAUUGAUAGGAUAGCAUCUUGCAGUUGGAGAUUUGUGGGAUGCACAUCCAGGGCACGAAGCCCCCGUUCCACCACAUCCCAAAGAUGCUCUAUUGAGUUGAGAUCUGGUGACUGUGGGGGGCAUUUUAGUACAGUGAACUCAUUGUCAUGUUCAAGAAACCAAUUUGAAAUGAUUCAAGCUUUGUGACAUGGUGCAUUAUUCUGCUGGAAGUAGCCAUCAGAGGAUGAGUACAUGGUGGUCAUAAAGGGAUGGACAUGGUCAGAAACAAUGCUCAGGUAGGCCGUGGCAUUUAAACGAUGCCCAAUUGACACUAAGGGGCCUAAAGUGUGCCAGGAAAACAUCCCCCACACCAUUACACCACCACCAUCAGCCUGCACAGUGGUAAAAAUGCAUGAUGGGUCAUUGUUUUUAUUCUGUUUACACCAAAUUCUGACUCUACCAUCUGAAUGUCUCAACAGAAAUCGAGACUCAUCACACAAGACAAUAUAUAUUUUUCAGUCUUCAGCUGUCCAAUUUUGAUGAUCUUGUGCAAAUGUAGCCUCUUUUUCCUAUUUUUAGUGGAGAUGAGUGGUACCCGGUGGGGUCUUCUGCUGUUGUAGCCCAUCCACCUCAAGGUUGUGCGUGUUGUGGCUUCACAAAUGCUUUGCUGCAUACCUCGGUUGUAACGAGUGGUUAUUUCAGUCAAAGUUGCUCUUCUAUCAGCUUGAAUCAGUCGGCCCAUUCUCCUCUGACCUCUAGCAUCAACAAGGUAUUUUCGCCCACAGGACUGCCGCAUACUGGAUGUUUUUCCCUUUUCACAUCAUCCUUUGUAAAUCCUAGAAUUGGUUGUGCGUGAAAAUCCCAGUAACUGAGCAGAUUGUGUAAUAGUCAGACCGGCCCGUCUUUCCCAUUCUGACAUUCAGUUUGGAGUUCAGGAGAUUGUCUUGACCAGGACCACACCCCAAAUGCCUUGACGCAACUGCCAUGUGGUUGAUUAUAUAACUGCAUUAAUGAGAAAUUGAACAGGUGUUCCUAAUAAUCCUUUAGGUGAGUGUAUAGCCGUUUCUCAAUAUGCGUUCUUGUCUGUACUUGUGUUCUUGUGGACUUGUGAAACGUCAUCAGUCGCGGCCCAAGUACUGUUCCAAUUCAAAGUUCGCAUCAAACCCAAGUUCACAUAAAAUCCCCGGAUGUGUUCUUCAUCCGCCCAUUUUAUCGAGGAUGCAUCAGAGGGGAAAAACCUUAUGAUUUCAUAUGAUUACAACUGAUUGAUUAUGAACUUUAUAUAUUUGAAUUAGCUUUUGUAUUAUGAUGCUCUUACCUUUGCUAAUAAAAUUAUAUUUUGGAAUUAUUCUGCAUAACUCCGAAUUAUUGACCACAAGUACAUUUGAUUUAUCCUUUGUUACCGCAAAUCUAUGACCAGGAUUAAGUUGGUGUAUCAUCUGCUUUUGGUUCAUUUUUAUGGUCUGACAAACCUCUUGAUCAAAAGGGUUAAGUUUGGUGCAAGUAUCUGCCUUUAUCAGUUCACAUGGUCUGACAAACAACUUAAUGUUAUCUACUGGGUUAAGUAUUGGGAUAUCAACUGCCUUUAAUUAUUUGGUCUGACGACUCUCAACUAGUUGCAUGGUUGUGGAAGAGAGCCUGCAGUGGCUGAUGCAAUGACUCUGUGUGACAUUGAGAACCAAUUGAACGAAUCAAUAUAAUAAUGAGUUAUUCACUAGUUAGCCUGCGCAUUCAGUCUAUUAAAUGAUGGUAAAAUAAAACGUGGCUUGCUGUCCUCAGGGGGAGCUUGAACCUCGGUUCGGGCCCCAAGUUCAAACUCCCCCAUGUUAAGACUGUGUGGAGAGAGUAAUGAGCAAACUGGAGGAGGAGAUUUGGGGAGAAGGAAGGAUGCCGGAUGAUUUGUCACUGGGAAGGCACAGAGACUGACUGGCUUAGAUAGGCUCUCAGGAUGAUUGACAGGACUGAAUGAUUAGCCACCUCACAAACCUAUGUUUAAAACUUAAUUUUGCUAGUUUGCCUGCGCAUUCAGUCAAAUUAUGGUAAAAUAAAACUUGGCUUACUGUCCUCAGAGAGAUGCAGAUUUCAUUGUCCAGCAGGACUUAGCACAUGCACACAAUGCCAAAAAGCUACCAGUACCCGGUUUAAGGACCAUGGUAUCCCUGUUCUUUAUUGGCCAGCAAACUCACCUGACCAUAACCCCAUAGAUUUAAUAUAUAUCAUUAAUAUAUGAGUGUGUGAAAUGAAUGAAUAUAAUAUACAGGUUUCACUUUUUGAAUGGAAUUGGUUUAAUAAAUCAACUUUUUGAUGAUAUUCUGAUUAUAUGAGCAGCACCUGUAAAGUUAGUUAUGAUUAAAUAUAUUCAACUUGUGAUAUAUUUCUUGAGUUUACACAAAGUGAAAGUGAUGUAUUUGCCAACAUAUGGUAACUCAUACAGUAAAGAGUGAACACACACCUGGAGCAGUUUUAGUGAGUAUAAGUCUAUAUGAGAAGAUCAAUUAUCUAAGCUUGAUAAACAAUACAGAUUAUAUUAGAAUAACAAG